CCGGCGGAAACGCGCGUUUCCACCUGUGAUGUCGCGCGGGAAAAUCUUGCGAAUGGACAAUAAUUUAUUUUUUUCAGUAUCAUUAAGUGCAAUUUAGAAAAAUGUACCCUAAGUGCCAGUAUUAAAGUGUAAAAUUAUGUGACCGUGCGAGUUUAUAUUUUUAAUUCUAAAUGGCUGUGAUCGAUUCAUGUAAGUCCAAAUUACUGUGUAUAGCUAUAAUAAUCCCCAGCGUUAGUAAAUUGAUUUUACCUCGAUGUAACUUCCACAACAAACAUGGAAAAUGGUUACGAAGAGGACAUAAAAAAGACAGUAUCUAAGCUCACUACAUAUCGCGUUCGGCCUUUUAACCAAUUGGAGAAGCUUGGCCAAGGUUUGGAGAAGUUCAGCCAAGGUUUGAAGGUUGGCCCAACGUUGGACCAACAUCGUUCGGUGUUGGACAGAGUCAGUUACGAGAGUGAAAGGAAUCGAUUGAGUCAAAGUCAUAGCGAAGCUUCUUCGAGAAGGAAUAGUGAUGAUGGGAGAAAAAGAGACGGCUAUAGAGCAGAUGGCACCAACUCGGAGCCCCCUACAGCGAGCGUGGCUCAUGACAACCUCUGGAAGAACCUGGACAGUUCGACUUCCACCACCAGGACUGAGCUUAGCCUCUCAGACACAGCUGAAGAUCAGCAUGACGGCCAGCGACGUCGCAGCCACGAGUCCGCCUUACCAGGCACGCCCCUGCACACCAGGGUGCCGUGGAAGUCGGCUGACAGCAUCAACGCCGACGCCGCAUUCGGGACUUCCCUGGCGGAUAUUAUGGAAAGCCCUGCUAAUAAGAGCGAGCCAAUGUUAGAUUCGAGCGAGAAAAAGAUCCACCUUCGGGACGACAUCAAAUCCAUACAUUCAGACAGUUCGGAGGACAAACGUCUGUCGCGAGGUUGGCGCUUCGUGAGAAAUGUCACAUCGGCUGCUGGAGCCUUCUCCCCGAAAAAUAAGGAAGUCCCCACGGCACCAGCAUUGCCUGGAACACCUUUACCUAGCUUUCAGUCGAAGUCUGACAGCAAGUCGUCAGACUACCACAAGGAGGAUAGGAAGCCCUCACUGCCGCAGUAUCCUAAUGAGAAGGACGAAAACGUUGGCGAGACCAAUCCUGAGGGUUUGGAACCAGAAUCCCUGAUGUUUAGAGAUGGGAGGCGAAGGAUAGACAUGGUGUUGGCUUACGAGGAAGAAGAUUAUGGCGUUAUGACUGAAGCUGAAGCCAAGAAAAGGGAACAUCGGAGGACCUUCCAGGAGAACUUGAUCAAAGAAGGUCUGGAACUUGAGCUGGAGAACAAAAUCCUGUCGUUCGACGAGAAGACCUGGUUCCUCAAGAUCCACAUACCCUGGAAGACGGAGAUGAGGCUAGCCGAGGUGAUCGGCAUGAAGCUUCCAACCAAGCGGUUUAUCACUAUUUCUGUCAGAGCUUGGAGCGACGAAAAGCAAGCGGAAAGAGACAAAAGAUGGCAUUCAAAAUGGCGCCGGCGGUGGAAACAGCUGUAUGAGUACGAACACAGCAGAAUCGAACCUGAGCCUUCGUUUUACACUGCCACUGACCAGCGAGGCGUCAGGAGAGAAGAACAGUUUCUAGUCAAAGAUAGACACACACAGUUCUCGCCUGCCCAAAGAAGCCUUCUAGUCAUGCAAAUCUUGCUCAGAGCCAGAUACGACAACACGGAAACUAAGAUGGGUAUCCGUAGACUCAUAAACGACGGGACCUACUUGGCUUGCUUCCCGUUACAUGAAGGGAGAUAUGACGUGGACCUAUCUGAUGGUACUGUCACUGACAGGAGGUUAUUAUACUUAGAAUGGGCACGCCCGAGCAAAUGGUACAAGAAGCAGCCUCUGUGGUUAAUCAGGAGGUACUUCGGAGACAAGAUCGGGUUGUAUUUCUGCUGGCUGGGGUUCUACACCAAGAUGCUGUACGCGCCCGCGAUUGUUGGGACAUUAUGCUUCUUGUAUGGACUGGCUAGUAUGGAGUCCGAGGAUAAUAUACCUAGCCAGGAAAUCUGUGACCUCCGUGGACCCGGCAACACCACACUGUGCCCUCUCUGUGACAAGGCCUGCCAGUACCAAAGUCUAUCAGACUCCUGUCUCUUCGCCAAGCUGACGUACCUCUUCGACAACCCGGCGACUGUCUUCUUCGCUAUCUUCAUGUCUUUCUGGGCCACAACAUUCUUAGAGUUAUGGAAACGCAAACAGUCUAUUCUCAGAUGGGAAUGGGAUCUUGGUGGUGUGGAUCAGGACGAAGACCCCCGUCCAGAGUUCGAGACAUCAGUUAAAACCUUCAGAACCAAUCCGGUGACCAGAGAGAAGGAGCCGUACCUCCCCACGUGGCAGAAGACCAUGCGAUAUGUUGCCACUAGUUCUGCCGUGCUGUUUAUGAUAACCAUCGUAAUGGGCGCCGUGCUAGGCACCAUCAUAUACAGAAUAUCCAUGGUCUCCGUGAUCUAUGGCGGCAGCGGCUUCUUCCUGAAGAAACACGCGAAGAUCUUCACGUCCAUGACGGCUGCGCUGAUCAACUUGACCAUCAUCAUGAUUCUGACUAGGAUAUAUGCAAAAGUGGCAGUCUACCUGACCAACAUGGAGAACCCGCGAACCCAAACAGAAUACGAGGACUCGUAUACCUUCAAGAUCUUCUUCUUUGAGUUCAUGAACUUCUACUCAUCACUCAUCUACAUCGCUUUCUUCAAGGGUCGCUUCUACGACUACCCUGGCGACGAUCAAGCGCGCAAGUCAGAAUUCUUCAAACUGAAAGGAGAUAUAUGUGAUCCAGCGGGAUGCCUGUCCGAGCUGUGUAUACAGCUGGCCAUCAUCAUGAUUGGAAAACAGAGCUUCAACAACUUCAUGGAAUUGGGUUAUCCGAAAUUCUAUAACUGGUGGCGGCAGCGCUCGCACCGCGCGGUGACGCGCGACCUGAGCAAGCCGCACAUGGCGUGGGAGCAGGACUUCCAUCUCCAGGACCCGGGCCGGCUCGCGCUCUUCGACGAGUACCUCGAGAUGAUCCUGCAGUAUGGUUUCGUCACUCUCUUCGUGGCAGCAUUCCCGUUGGCUCCUCUGUUUGCCCUCCUCAAUAACAUAGCUGAGAUUAGACUGGACGCUUACAAGAUGGUGACUCAGGCUCGGCGACCUUUAGCCGAGAGGGUCGAGGACAUUGGCGCUUGGUAUGGAAUUUUAAGGGGCAUUACGUACGCCGCUGUGGUCUCUAAUGCAUUCGUGAUAGCCUACACCAGCGAUUUCAUUCCACGCAUGGUGUACAAGUACGUGUACUCUCCUGACAACACGCUGGCUGGAUACAUCGACCACUCAUUGUCCUUGUUCAACACAUCAGAUUACAGAGAAGACUGGGGCGCUGACAGCGAAGUUGAUCCCCCCACGUGCGCGUACCGUGGCUACAGGAACCCCCCGGACCACUCGGAUCCCUACGGCCUUUCCCCUCAUUACUGGCACGUGUUCGCUGCCAGGCUGGCAUUCGUCGUUGUUUUUGAGCACGUGGUGUUCGGGCUGACUGGUCUCAUGCAACUCUUCAUUCCUGACGUGCCUUCAGAACUGCGCACGCAGAUGCAGAGGGAAGCCCUAUUGGCGAAGGAAGCGAAGUACGAACACGGCAGGAGAAGAUUGUCUACGGAAUAUAGACAACUUAUCACGCAGAAGAGUGAGCCUGGUGAGAGACAGGGCGCGGCGCUGCGGCGCGCGUCGCGCGCGUCGGACGGGCUCGACGCGCACGUCGCCGUCGCGCAGCGACCCGUCUCGCCGCGGGGCACGCUCUGACACUAAACGUCAUACUCUGAAAGCAGACACACAGAAUUAGUAGAUAUUCCGAAGUAUCUACUAAUUUCCAUGUCUAUAAUACACUUUGACAGUAGCCACACAGUGACACUAACCACACUCGGCGUUAGACACGUCUGUAUCACAUUCCUGACACUAGCCAAUAAUGUAUACACUUUGACAGUAGCCACACAGUGACACUAACCAUACUCAAGCACUACAGACACACCUGUAUAUCAUAUUCCUGACACUAUGUCACUCGCUACAUCCAGACACUAGACGUUACUCUGACACUACACACAUCUUUAGUGUCUGGUUGCAACUCGCAUUCGACUAUAGAGACCAGUGAUAUGCAGUCGACCAAUCACACAACUGCACCACAAUGGGAUUAGUUGACUCCGUACUCCGUCUCAUUGAGUAGCACUAGCCACAUCUACAUACCACACAACUACGAUCACAUGAAUAGGUGGCACUUGAAUUUUCUAGAACGCGCAAGCAAAGUUUUUGCAAUUUGGUACUAAAAACUAAGUAACCGAAUAAGAUACUUCAUUUCAGAGUAAUUGCAUAUUUAAAUGACGCUUAGUAAGGAAUCUCAUAAAUUUAAUGUAAAUGAAAACUUUAGUCGAAUAACUUUACGUUAGUUUUAAACUUUAUACUAAACAAAUUUAUAUUUCCAAUCUAACACAAUUUAUCUUAAUGUCUCUUGUAUUAUAAGUAACUACCUAUAUAUGUAAGUAUACUUUUAUGAGAAAUCAGUCUGAUGGGUAACUUACUGAAGCGGUAGUGGUGCAGUUCUUACGCCUGUGAUUGAAAGGUCCCAGGUUCAAAUCCUACUCGUGCCACAUGACUUUGUAUACCAAUCUAACCCAUGCAUAAAAGUUUUCAUACAUUGUGUGUAUGUACACAAUGUAUGAAAACUUUACUACUAUGUUCUUAGAUAUAUAAGGCUGCAAAGAUAUUUUUAGGCACAAUCGAAGUAAGUUGUAUUAAAAAACUAGAUCAAAAUCGGUUCAGUCGUUUGGUUGCUACGAUGCCACGGACAAACAUACAGAUACACAGACACUUUAAACUUGAUGUCGUCGGGAGUUAAAAUGAAGGUAAUAAAAAUAAUUAUAAAACAUGUUAUAUUCAUUUAUUUUCCCGUUUAUCUUUGUAUGUUUUUUCGUUGUGCAAUAAAGAUUUUACAAACAAAACUAUCUAACAAACAAUAUCAUGCUCGUCACCUAUUAUAAAGUGCAGAGGAAUUAAAACCAAAAUUUUUUCACCUAGUUACGAUUUAAUUUGUUUUUCAGUUUGGACAGAAUCGACGAUCUAACAUAACUAAAAUGAGAACUGGAUUGAUUGCCUUAAUAAUAUUCUUAAUGUCAAGGCAAUAUCUCAAGGAACUUCGAACUGGUUAUUUAUUUUAGCAAAAGACAGAGACACGAGCUAGCUCGUGUCGAUUCAUUAAUAGCAAAGCCGCUAUCUAAUAAUUAAUUGGUCCGUAACAUAAGCAUAUAAAGUUAAUGAUAUUAUAAUUACAAUGACAACAAAUCUGUAGGAUAUUGUAUUUUUUUAAGGUUUUUAAGAAUCGUGUUCUUAUGAUUUGGUAUUUCGAUAGAUUUCACUAUAUGGAAAGUAGACAAUUAUAGUAUUUUAUUAUUAAAAAAUACUAAUCCACGCUUCUCAAGUUCUAAGUUUGAUAUUAUAAUUGGAUGUAAGCCGCUGAAAAUAUGAUUUUAUGCUCUAGAGCGUAAAAUAAAAUAAACAAAACUUAAAUGUGUUCGAUAACAAAAAAGUAAAAUCUUCGUCUAAUUAACUAAUAAGUGGCCAGUAAUUUAAUCGGCCAAGACAAACACAAGUCCUACCAUGAAACAUACAAACACGAACGUAUACAUAAGCUGAAAGCAACGUGCUUGGUUUUUUUGUAUGUUUCAUGGUAGCCACGAUUAGAGCCACGAUUAGAAUGCUUAUUAUAUUCUUAUAUAAAACGUAACUCUACUUUUUACGUAAGAAUAUUAUAAUUUAUAUAUACCUUGAUCGUAAAUCGACAUUUCAGCCUCGGAGGAGCUAUCCACCCUCGCUUCCCAAAGAGGAUAUACCUAAUCACUACGAUUUAUCGCUUACGGUUGUGUGGAUAUGAUAUGUACGAGUAAGUAUACCUCGCAUAAAAUGCUUCGAUUUACGAUCUUAACAUUCUGGAUCAGUGUGGCAGACUUUCCUAUUUUGUGGUGUGAAAUUCACAAAUACUUACUUUUAGUAAAUGUUUGUCCUCAUGUGAUAUUAGAUUUCCUAAUAACACAUAAAGAUAUGAAAAUAUAUAUUUGAAUUAUUUUGUCUCAUAUGUUUUAUUGUAAGUUUAUGUAAAAUUAUUUAUAAUCAUGUAAUUCUUACGAAUAGGUCUGUAAAGUUAAUUAAAUACCUAUUUGGUUCUUAGAAUAGGCUAGUAAAAUUUCUAAUAUAAGUAACGUACCUACCAAUUGAAAAUGUUGUAAUACUCAUUAUUUUCGUGAAAUGAAAAUAUUGUUAAAAUAU